AUGAUCAUGCAUCCGCCCUCUGCUAGACUUUUGUGUCUUGGUUGGCUUCCCAUUCUGCUCGUUCCCCGUGUUCGCGCUUCCUUCACAAUUUCGCCCGGGGGCACGACUCUACAGCAAUGUUUGCCGACGGACCUCAUCUGGACAGAAGAGCCUCCAAUUCAUCUCUGGGCGGCGCCCAAUGCUGAGGACUCACCGGGUGAUCCGACUUUGCACGACUUCGGGAUAAUCAACAGCAGUUUUAUACUUUGGACAGUGAACCUGCCAGUUGGUCAAAACGUCAGUUUCACAUACGUGCAGACUGCCAACCUAUAUUAUAUUUAUUCAUCUGCUGAGUACAUGGUGGUACCUGGGCAGGAUGAUUCUUGCCUCACAGGGAGCAGCUCGACUGGGACCUCGUCUGUCUUGCCCAUUUCAGUGUCAUCUUCGGCGAGUAUUAUAUCAAGUAGCACGAGCCUCAUCCCAAGCAGCACAAGCAUCACCUCAGGCAGCACGAACACCAUCUCAAGCAGUGCGAGCGCCAUCUCAAGCAGCGCAAGCGCUAGCUCGGAUCCUUCUGCAUCGAAGACGCCCGCAGUCGCCAAUGCUGACGGAAACAAACCAGCCCGGAAUUUGGCAUGGGUUGCGGGACUCGUAGUGGGACUCGCGGCUGUGAUCAUAGGUGUCAUUGCCGCCUUCUUUAUCACGCGACCUUUUCUGCAUGCGGGCACGCUGCCGAAUAACGAAAUGAGCCAACCCAGAAGAGAGGGAGCAGGAGGAUUGGAAGUAGCAGCGCAUUUGCUUGGGGCCAGCCCGCAGAUUCCAGAAGGACAUUCUGCCAUCACACCCCCUCCGCUGAGCUUUGACAGGGGCCCAUUCACCUCUCAUGAUCAGUCGCAUGAUUCUCUACUGCACGGCGGAACAAGUGAGAAGGAGGGACUCAGCGGUGAGACUUUGUCGUCCUUUUUAAAGGGUCUCGUGGGGCUGACGAGCAAUGCAACAGCAGCGUCCGAGAUCAACAUAUCCACGUCCCCAUCUACCUCUCGUGACGUUGAUGGAGGGAUUGCAUUCUCUGACGAUGGAGUUCCAGACAUUCUUCCACCUGAUUACGAAGAUAGAAGACCAGCGACAAUCCAAGUGAGAUAG